GGCUGACGGCGACGGUGGUUCAGAUAAGACUGAAGACCAGAAAGGGAAUGUGACCUCCCCUAAAGUUACAGUAAUUGGUAGAGCUGGACAAGAACUUGAGUUUGUAACUGAAGAGAUCAGAGAUCUUUCUGUUACACUCUUGGGAAGCAGACCCUAAGAUCUUUGCAAAUUAUCUUGUGGGAAACAUGCCUAAAGUCAAAAGAAGCCGGAAAGCUCCCCCAGAUGGUUGGGAGUUGAUCGAGCCGACACUGGAUGAAUUAGAUCAAAAGAUGAGAGAAGCUGAAACAGAACCUCAUGAGGGAAAGAGGAAAGUGGAAUCUCUGUGGCCCAUCUUCAGGAUCCACCACCAGAAAACCCGCUAUAUUUUUGACCUCUUUUAUAAGCGGAAAGCCAUAAGCAGAGAACUAUAUGAAUAUUGUAUUAAAGAAGGCUACGCAGACAAAAACCUGAUCGCAAAAUGGAAAAAGCAGGGGUAUGAGAAUUUAUGCUGCCUGCGGUGCAUUCAGACACGGGACACCAAUUUUGGGACGAAUUGCAUUUGCCGGGUCCCCAAAAGCAAGCUGGAAGUGGGCCGGAUCAUCGAGUGCACGCACUGCGGCUGUCGGGGCUGCUCUGGCUGAGGCCCUCGGGCCCCGACCUCUCUUCACCCUGAACCUUGGACUUCGCAGGUUUCUGCCUGUCCCAUCACGCCUUCUCCUGGGAGCAGCUCUUCUCGCAGAGCGGUGCUCCAGGCCCGAGUGGGAGCAUGGUCUCUACAUGUUAAGGCUUUGGUGUUUAUCAGCUGUGAUUUGUAGAAAUAAAACUUUUAAACCUUU